ACUCGUUCGUAUGUUCGAUAAGCCCCGUCACUGCGCCCGUCCGUGCUCCACGCAGGCUUUGUUCGCUGCAUCUACGUCUGCUGCCAGCCGAGGUGAUCCCGUCAAAAGGCAACGUUGAUGUCGUGCCAGAUGGGCUUUUGUGUGGAAAACCCCCCGACGGAGUCGACAGGACCUCCAGCGUCACACGUCGACUGUUGGUGGGAGUUGUCUGUCUGCUGAAGCGCAUUGUUGUGUGGGGGGAUGAGCCGUCCGAGCUACGGCUACACUGCUGUGAGGCUAAAGCAUCCGCCUCACGAAUGGUCUGGAGAGCGGCUUACGGAAACGGGCUUUUCGGACCUGACGAGAAUCGAGUGGAUGCCUUCAACGUUUUUAUUAAAUUCCUAAAAAGUUGGAUGAGAAGACUCCCAGAGGAGCCGCUUAGCAGGCCGUGUUGCCUGCGGGUCUGCUAGCCGCAGCAAAACAAUUCAAAUCGAAGCACCACGGGGCGGCAAGAUGAAGAAGAAAACUCGGCCGCAUCGGGUCCCGGUGCCACAAAGGCCGCCGUCUCCCAUCAAACCCUCUCCCAACAAGCAGAUCCUGACAUAUGCCCAAGCCCAGCGCAUGGUCGAGUUUGAACUAGACGGCCGCAUCCACCGCUUGAGCAUCUAUGACAUGCUGGAUGUCAUCAAGGAUGACGACCCCACUGUGCAAGAGAUGAUGGAGUGUACUAGCAACAAGGAGAACACUGAGAAGCCUCAGCAGGUUCUCCUGCGAUCAGUCCGGCUUAAAAAUAACCAGGAGAAGAGGAAUGCUGCUCUGGGCAUCACCAGUCACAUGGAAGGCAGCGGACACCAUACCAGCAUGAACUCUGGCCCUGCAUUGCCAGAACCAAAAUUCCGAACAGUGGAGUACAAUCUUCCUGCUGUCCCCAAACGACCAGCUUUGUAUUACAAAUUUGAGGAAAAGACUGAGGAGGAGCUUGAUGAAGAGACAGAGUACGAUAUGGACGAGGAGGAUUACGCCUGGUUGGAUCUGGUCAAUGAAAAGCGGCGCAGCGAAGGUGUUAGUCAGGUGUCCCACAAUGUUUUUGAAUUCCUGAUUGACCGUUUUGAGAAGGAGGUGUACCUAGACAGCCUAGACAAAGACUCCGCGUUGCAGUCUGCUGUGGACGAGGAUGCUAUUUGCUGUAUCUGUAUGGACGAUGAGUGCCAUAACAGUAACGCCAUUCUGUUCUGUGAUGCGUGCAACAUGGCGGUGCACCAGGAUUGUUAUGGCGUUCCUUACAUUCCUGAGGGCCAGUGGCUGUGCAGACACUGCCUGCAGUCACCGAACAAGCCGGCAAAUUGUAUUCUUUGUCCUAGUAAAGGUGGAGCGGUGAAGAAGACAGAUGACAACCGCUGGGCUCAUGUCGUGUGCGCCCUCUGGGUUCCUGAAGUGGGUUUCUCAAACACAACAUUCAUAGAACCCAUUGACGGGGUGAGUCACAUCCCAUCCGCUCGCUGGAAACUUACUUGCUACCUCUGCAAAGAGAAAGGUGUCGGUGCCUGCAUCCAGUGCCACAAAGCCAAUUGCUACACUGCCUUCCAUGUUAGCUGCGCUCAGAAAGCUGGUUUGUUCAUGAAGAUGGAGCCAAUCAAAGAUGCCACCGCGUCUGGCGAACUGACUCUUUCUGUAAGGAAGACUGCCUACUGUGGUGCACACACACCACACGGCAGUCGGACGAAGCCACUGACUGUAUACGACCAGGGCACUGCCAAAAACGAUCAGUUAAAGAGGGUGGCAAGAGGAAAGUCCGGUGAAGGACUGUCGCGGGGAAAACAGAAGAAGAAGAGUAAGAAGUCAGAGCCACAGGGUGAAGAAGAAGCUGCUCUGGUGGUUUCUGUACCGACAUUCCCUGCUCACAGGCUACCAACCAUCCUGAACCAGGUGUCUGUGCAGAAGAAGAAGGCUUUUGUGGAGCUCAUACUCAAUUACUGGAUGCUGAAAAGACAAUCCAGAAAUGGUCUUCCUCUGAUCAGACGUCUGCACUCGAGCAUGCAGUCUCAAAAGAACUCCCAACCGCCAAUUAGUAUUGUCAUGCAGAAACAGAAUGAGGAAGAAUCACGAGCACUCAAGGAGCAGCUGAAAGAAUGGCACCGACUUCGACACGAUCUGGAGAGAACCCGGCUGCUGCUGGAGCUGAUCCGCAAGCGUGAGAAACUAAAGAGAGAGGAGCUUAGGUUCCAGGAGAGUCUUCUCGAGAUGCAGCUGACCCCCUUCAGUAUCCUUCUCCGAGCAUUGCUGGAGCAGUUGCAGUCUAAAGACCAAGCAAAGAUCUUUGCCCAGCCGGUGGAUGUAACAGAGGUUCCUGACUAUCUGGAUCACAUCAAGCACCCCAUGGACUUUUCCAGCAUGCGCAACCGCAUCGAUUCGCUGCACUAUCGCAACUUCCAGCAGUUUGAAGAGGACUUCAACCUAAUCAUUGACAACUGCAUGACAUACAACUUGAAGGACACAUAUUUCUAUCGUGCCGCCGUCCGCCUCCGGGACCAAGGGGGCGCUCUUCUUAGAAAGGCUAAACGGGAGGUUGAGAAGAUUGGCUUUGACACAGAAAGUGGAAUGCACCUGGCAGAAGCUCCAAAUGUCAAAGCAGGCCCAUCAUUUUCUUGGGAGGAUGUCGAUCAUCUUCUCAAACCAGCCAACCGAGAACAUUUAACGCUGGAGAAGCAGUUGCAGCAGCUCCUUGAAAAGUUUGACCUGACUUGUGCCAUGAAGUCCAGCCCGUCCCGCAGCAAACGGGUCAAACUGCUGAAGAAAACUAUCAAUGACGUUCGCAACGAGAUGAGCCUCACAAGAGUCCUUCCCACUCACCAGCAGCGUCCCUGUUCAUCCACCACAACAUCAUCUGAUCAGUCUGAAAAGGCCACAGAGGAGAAAUUCAAGACUAAUGGAUUCUUCAUGGACGAAGAUGGUGACAAGUCACUACCUCCAAAACUUGAGCUUUCGGAUUCUAUUCCUCCUCUGAUCCACUCAGAAACAGACCCAGAGCCCCCGACUCUUAAACCCAUCGACGCUGCUGACUGUGAUUACAGCUACGCCAACGGCUACGACGACGACGAGAUUCCUAACCUGUUGUCUUGCCAUCCACAAGUGAACGGUCACUCACAGAAUGGCCACCCUGGGUCUCUCUAUGAUGCCGAUGUGAGUGUAGUGGCCACCUCUACUCUCACAGAGCCCACAGGCACCGUUAGCCGGCGCACGGCCGUUCUUUUCCGAAAAUCAAAAGCCGCCAGCCCACUCAAGCGCCAGAGGGGUACGGAGGAGGACGUGGAGGAAAGCGAGACUAAGGAGAACCACGUGGGCGAAGAUGAUGACUCGCAGCUGCAAUCCAAAUCCUUCCUGUCGGUGGUCAUACCCCGACUGGAGACGCUGUUGCAUGGUGAGAAGAGGAAGCACGGCGAGGACGGAGAGGAUGAGGAGUGCAAGGCCCCAGUGAAAAGACUCAACACUGGUCUGCCAGCAAAUAUGGUGGAGGAAGUAGACAAGACGGAGUCAAGUGAACCGAUGAAAGCCGGUCGACAGGUGGAACCAAGGCGACGCUGUGCCUCCGAGUCGUCCAUUUCGUCCUGCAGCAGCCUGACUGGAGGCCCCAGCACCGUACUCAGCCUUCCAAAAUGCGGCAAGGGCAAACCGGCACUGGUGCGGAGAAACACUGUGGACGAUAAGAGCGAGCUAAUCGCCUGUAUCGAGACUGGGAAUUUUGCAAAAGCUGCACGAAUUGCUGCUGAAGUUGGCAACAGCAAUAUCUGGAUGCCUGCUAGCGCUGCAACUGCUUCACUGGAACCUCUGAAGCUAGUCUGGGCCAAGUGUAGUGGAUACCCGUCCUACCCGGCCUUGAUCAUCGACCCCCACAUGCCGCGCGUAGGCUGCCAGCACAAUGGGGUGUCCAUCCCCAUGCCCCCCAUGGACGUGCUGCGCAUCGGGGAGCAGAUGCAGUACAAAGCUGGAGAGAAACUCUACCUCGUCCUCUUCUUUGACAACAAACGCAGCUGGCAGUGGCUUCCUCGAUCCAAGAUGGUCCCCCUGGGGAUCGACAAGACCAUCGACAAGAUCAAAAUGAUGGAGGGGCGUACGUCCAGCAUCCGCAAGGCGGUCCAGAUCGCCUUCAGCCGCGCCAUGAACCACCUGAGCAUCGUGCAGGACGAACCGGUCAGCGAUCUCAGCGACGUGGACUGAUGUCUCUCUCUCUCUCACAGACACUUACACACACACACACACACACACACACACACACACACACACUCCUCACUAGUACCUCUGCUGCACCAAAAUACCUUCCAACCUCUGCGUCUUCAGAUGCCGACAUGUUUACUGGUAUCCACCGCUCCUGCUCAUUCACACUCUCACCACUCGAGGGGGCAACUGCUGCUGAAACGAAUGUCUUGAUUUAUCCUUUCCUAACGUGUUUUAUAAGCUACAGGCAGAGUAAUUAUACUUCAACAAUCAUUUUUGGACCCGAUCAGUUAGUGACAUGCUUCGAUGACUCACGCUCAUAUCUAGCGCUGAGCUAACCCUCUGCACAUCGCAGUGAGUCCUGUUCCGCUUGUGCGUGGUGACUCUUGUCCGUUGGAGGAGGAGGAGACCGUGUGCCAUCCUCCCUCUCCUGCUCACUCUCCACCGCUGGUUCUGACUCAGAUCACCUGUGAUAGUUUGUAGCACAACAUAAUUCUCUGCUGGGUCCCUAAAUAUGGUGACAUGACUUUCUGAACGUGGAGCAUGUUCGUCCUAUUUCUCCUGCAUAGACUGUCUGUCUCUCGGUCAUCCAGGAGAGAUCAAAGUAGAGCAGCUAGGUGAGGUGGCUCGAACAUUCUUGGUCGCCUCCCUAGUAAGAUGUUUGACUGAGGCGGACACCCCGGGACGGACCCGGCACAUGCUGGAGUCUCACUCUAUGUCUCAGCUGCCUUUUUGUUUCAGCUGUUUUUAACGUUGCGUUGUUGACCAUUUAAAAAAAAUCCACAUUGUUUGUCUUUUUGUGAUCAAUCAUGACUAGCACCUGCAAUUUAAAACUGCCAGUGUUAAAAAAAAAAAUCAUACUUUGGACCCAAACUUCAUUCCAAACUCGUGGUAAUAACUGUCCUUGUUAGCAGGUUGCUAACACCAGAAUCAUUUCAUAUGUCCUUUGUAUUCAAUCUGUAAAUAUGUACACUCGCCACUAACUUAUUUUCUAGCUUGGACAGGAAUGGGUACUGUACAGAACUUUUACUAGUAUUUAUACUUGAUGCAGGACAAAAAUCCGAAAGCCUUAGAGUUACUGCAGUCACCACGGCGGCAUGCGAGGGGCACUGAAGCCAUUUUAAGAUACUGCUAUCCAUUGAAUGAACGUUGUUGCACUUCUUUUCAAAGAAUUACGGUCCAGGUGUCUGUCGCUAGAGAGCAGGUGGUUUUCCCUGGUUGCUUGUCUUCUCUAGUGACUGGGUUACCAUGGAAGCAAGCCAAAUUCUUGCCUCAGUCUCUGAGUAAAGGCGGUGCUUUUGAAUGCAAAUGAACUCUGAGGAUGACAGUUAUAUUAGUUAAGAUUUGGCCAUACUCACAGCAACAAGUUGGAUUUUGUUCCCUCCCACUAUUCAAAAUAUAUACAUCAGCGAUUACUUUAAAUCCCUAAAGAGCCUGUGACAGUAUCUGAUGCCUUUCCAGGGUGUCCAUCGCCUCACACCAAGUAGCUGGAAUGGUCUCUGUAACCUUGUAAUGUGAAGCAGCAGUGAAACAAAAUGAUGAAUUUAUUUGCAGUUACCGUGUUGCUAUUCUAAUUCUUUGAAGAGGGGAGCAGCAAUGUUAACACUGUGGUUGUGAUCGCAGAAGUGUUGAACAAAAUUUGACCUUAAAAUGUUUCACUCGCACUGACAUUUCAUUUGUAUUCGUUGGGACUUCAGUGCCUCAACACACGUCGUAUCGUAUGGCUGAAGUGUUUGCGUUGUUUUUAAGUUAUUAAAAUUGAAGCUUCCGUUUUUCUAUGACUGUUUUGUAUUGAAAUAGUUUUAGUCUAUUUUUGUUGUGACAUAAAUCUAUAUAUUUAUAUGGUUUGAAGACGUCUCAUCAAGGACCCAGAACUGUGUUCUAUAUUACCAAAAAAAAGUUUCUUUGUUCUGCUGACCAAUCUGUUGCCAAAAAACGUUUAUAAUGUGACAUAUCGACUGUUUUAUUGUAUUGAGCUGCGUUAACUUAUUCUCAAGUUUUCAUUUGGACGACUGAAGGGCCUUUGAGAGUCAUUGUUUUUACAGCUUUCUUUUCUCUUUUGUUUUCAUUUUCUAUAUUCUCGUUUUUUUUUUGUUUUUUUGAUGAAGUAUUGCCGAGACUGCUUUUUUGUAAUGAAACAAAAAUAAAUGACACAUUUCAUCUCUUUUUGUGGAAACAUUUUCAUUCAUUGAAUAGUUAAAAUAAUUAAUAUAAAAUUUAUGGAACAUGCUUUAUUUAGCUUUUUUAUUCACACACAUCAGUCACUUAAAUGAUUAGGAUUAUAUUUGUAUUUUCGUUGCAGCAACCUGGUCAAUUCUUUAUCAAUGUAAAAAAAAAAAACAUGAAACCAUGCAAAAGUUGUUUCCUGAUUUUUGGCUGCGUGUCUCGUUUUUAUUCGUUUCCUUGUUAUAUGUGAUCGUGAACAAGUUUGCAGUUGCCAAUCCGUCCACAGCGAGUCGCUGUGGUUCCAUUCAAAACGUUUCUAUGGUUCCUCAAACGUCGUUCACCUGCAAACUCCCCUUCUUUGUCUCAGGUGUUCAGAACCGUUAAAGUCCGCAGCUGGAUUGAGAUGGAUUCGGUUGCGACUUCCGCCACCAGAUGUAGAAGUUGCUUGUUUGGUGUUGAGUGUCGAUAGGCCUGUGCUCUCAUUCGUCCACUUAAUAUGGGGGAAAUAAAACAAAAAAAAUAUAUAAAAUAUACCGGUAGUUUUAAAGGGAACUUAAAAGCCUCAUCCCAUUUUUAUGAUUCCAGCUGGAAACAAUUGUUUAAACUAUAUUAAUGUAGCACCAUAUAAAACAAAGUCAAUACAUCAAUGUGUUCAUCAAGUACAAACCUAUACACAUGCAUGUCCGUGUGGUUGUCACAUUUAUCAUUCUGCUUCUGUAAGAUUAAAUCAGUUUGGGGAAAGA